GCGCGAUCGUUUCCGGGAGCCGCUGGCGGAGUGGGCGGAGCUAGGGCGGAGGUGCAGGUGGGAAGCCACCUGGGAGCCAUAGUUUGGUCGCAGACCCUGGGAGUGCUGGGAGCAACGGAACGAAAGUCAGACAGACUUCAGUUGCCCCGACGGAUUGGAGCCCAUCAGUCCGUCGUGACAAGUUUUCCCCCACCCCCGACCUAGAUGUAUGCAAGUCCAGGCUCUUCUGCUUCUUAGUGUCGCGGCUGGCCCAACUUACAGGCUGACUGAGGACUCUUCUUUCCUCAGAUUUUUUGAUCUUCAGAAUGCUUCGAUAUUCAUGUUUUUUUAGAAUGUACAAAGGACUGUUUUACUGCUGGGUGGAGUCCGGUGCAUUUAAUUUGGGUGUCUGUCCCCAAGCAAUGCACACUUCAGCAGCCGUGCAUGCUGAAUGUGAAUCUCAGGAAGAGGCAGCUCUUUGUGGCACUAGGAGCGUUCAUAGAUCUGCAGAGAAAGAUUCUGAAGCCAUGGCUAAACUGCAUAUUCCAGUAAUGGUGGAUGAAGUUAUUCAUUGCUUGACACCUCGAAAAGGGCAGGUCUUUCUAGAUAUGACAUUUGGUGCAGGAGGACACACAAAAGCUAUUCUGCAGAAGGAACCAGAUAUUACUGUCUAUGCUUUAGACCGAGACCCAACAGCUUAUGCAAUAGCCAAACAGCUUUCGCAAGUGUAUCCGAAACAGGUCCAGGCUUUGUUAGGCCAGUUCAGCGAGGCAGAGGCUUUGUUACUAAAAGCUGGAGUGCAGCCAGGAACUAUCGAUGGAGUUCUUUUGGAUCUGGGGUGUUCCUCCAUGCAACUUGAUGUUCCUGAGCGAGGUUUCUCCCUUCGGAAGGAUGGUCCCUUGGACAUGAGGAUGGAUGGAGACAGGUAUCCUGACAUGCCCACUGCUGCUGAUGUUGUGAAUGCUUUAGAUCAACAAGCACUUGCAUCCAUCCUUAGAGCAUAUGGAGAGGAGAAGCAUGCCAAGAAAAUUGCUUCUGCAAUCAUUCAAGCACGCAGCAUAUACCCUAUCUCUAGAACCCAGCAGCUUGCCAGCAUUGUUGCAGGUGCCUUUCCUACCUCAGCUGUCUAUGCAAGAAAGGACUUGCUACAAAGAUCUACCCACAUUGCUACCAAGACGUUCCAAGCUCUUCGUAUCUUUGUGAACAAUGAGCUCAAUGAACUCUAUACAGGACUGAAAACAGCACAGAAAUUUCUGAAAACUGGUGGUCGUCUUGUUGCGCUCUCCUUCCAUUCUUUAGAAGAUCGCAUUGUCAAACGAUUUUUGCUUGGGAUAAGUAUGACAGAAAGAUUUAACCUCAGCAUCAGACAGAAGGUAAGGCAAACUGCACAGCUGGAUUCAAAUCAUGAGAGUGAGGGGAGCAGCUCUGGAAGAGCUCCUCUGAUGUGGGAUCUGAUUCACAAGAAGGUGCUUACCCCAGAAGAUGAAGAUGUCCAAGAUAACCCCAGAGGGCGCUCAGCCAAGCUCAGGGCGGCUAUCAAAUUAUGAGGAUCUUAUCAUCAAAGUUUCCUUCUAUACUGCUAAUAUUUUUCUAAUUGAAAACCUUGUUUCUGAACAGUUUAAUGCAAUGUAAAUUAUGGGGCAGCCUGGAAAUUAGUGGUAUUUAGUAUUUUUAUCUCUAAGGAUAAUAAAGGAAGGUUUUUUUUGUUUUUUUUUUUUUUGUUGUUGUUGUUUUUUGUUUUUUUUUUUUUUUUUUUUGAUUUUUUGAGACAGGGUUUCUCCGUAGCUUUUGGUUCCUGUCCUGGAACUAGCUCUUGUAGACCAGGCUGGCCUCGAACUCACAGAGAUCUGCCUGGCUCUGCCUCCUUUUAACAUGACAUAAAAACUUUCACUCACAGAGCAGAGAGUCUCAAAACUGUAAGCACUUGUUGAUCUCUGCAUUGUAUUUGAAUUAUAAAAUUCAAUUCUUUCUUUAAUGAGGAAAUGGAAAAACUAUGACAUUGUAUUAAUCUAGGUUUGUAAACUCAAGCUGUCAAAAGAAAGAUAAUCAUAUUUUGUAUGCUCUAAAUUCCAAAUUGAGUUAUUUGCAUUUCCAACAGACUUUCUAUGUCUCAAAUAAUUAUGAUGAUUAUGGAACAAAUUAUAGUUUCUCCUAACUAUAACUUUUUCAAAUGUAAACUUUUUAUUAUUAUUAUUUAAGAUCUGCCACACUGAUGAUUUUCACUAGCAGAGUCAGCUCAUUGCUUUGGUGGCAUUUCUCAGUAUGAUCCAUGUUUCAUGUAUUUCAGAGUAAUCACAUUGAAUUUCCCUAACAGCCCGCAUGGAAAAUGUGAAGCCCAAAACUUCUAUUUGAUGCCAAGUGUAUCAAUUGCUGUAAUGUAUAAUACCUGUAGUGAGCAAUGUAAUCUCUCAUUUGCAUCUUGUGUUUUUUCUUUAAAUUUUAGACAUCAUGCAAAGUAGUAAGUUUCUUUUUUUAUGGCGUUUCCAUGAAAAUAAAGCAUUGUAUUGAUUAUUCUCA